AUGGUCCUAGCUAAGAUCAGGCUGCUGUUGCAAAAUGGUACUACGCACAUUCAAGACAGCUUGAUAGAGCUGCAGAGUAUGUUGGACCUGAUGAAGAAACACACAGGGGCACAGGUUGAUUCAUGCUUGAAGAGCAAGCAAAAUGAGACGUCAGCUAUGGCGGAAAAGGCGUUGCACCAGAUGGUGGUGUGCGGGUAUGCGUUAAUAGGCCACGACCCGACGCAAGCUGUUGGAAAAGUGGUGGCUUUGAAGAGCAUGAUAAAACAAGGAGUAAAGCCAUCUCCAAUCAUAAAAUCAUCCAUGAUGGAAAUAACUGGAAAGUUGUUAGAGGGUGUUGUGGACCUGACAAAAUUAAUGGCACACGGCGCUAUGCACGAAGCCUGUUUGAUAGAAGUGGUGAAGACUUUGGAAGACGAGGCCUUUGAUAUCAUUAAAAACCUAAGAGAUUGCGCAUAUGGAAACAACAGCUACUUUGAUGACAUCAAUAAUUAUUUAUCCGAGAACAAUGCAACUGUUCUUGAUAUUGGGAGGAAAUUAAAAACUCUUGAUACUGAUAAAAAUAAAAAUACCAGUGAUGUGAAUGAAAUGAAAGAGCUGUUGCGGAGAAUGGUGCUAGAAAACAAUAAAACCGAUGUUGACAAAAAGCUUAAAGAUAAAUUGUUGCAGCUACAGGAUGAUAUCAAAUUUAAUGAUGCUAAUGAUAUAUCCAUUAUAUAUACAUAA